AAUUGCGGAAUUACGUAGUUUGUUCUUCCUUUCCUCUACAACAAGCGAGAAUGAAGACCAUUCUCAGCAACCAGACCGUCGACAUCCCCAACAACGUCGACGUGAAGUUGAAGGGGCGAACUGUCGUCGUCAAGGGACCUCGGGGUACACUAUGCAGAGAGUUCAACCACAUCAACCUGGAGCUCAGCUUGCUGGGCAAGAAAAAAAGAAAACUACGUGUUGACAAAUGGUGGGGUAACAGAAAGGAGCUGGCAACUGUGCGCACAAUCUGCAGCCAUGUGCAGAACAUGAUCAAGGGUGUCACUGUGGGCUUCCGGUACAAGAUGCGGUCUGUGUAUGCCCACUUUCCAAUAAACGUGGUGAUACAGGAGAGUGGAACCCUGGUGGAGAUCAGGAACUUCCUUGGAGAGAAGUACAUCCGCAGAGUUCGCAUGAGGCCUGGUGUCUCCUGUACAGUGUCUGCAGCCCAGAAAGAUGAGCUGGUUCUGGAGGGUAAUGACAUUGAGCUGGUGUCAAACUCAGCUGCCUUGAUCCAGCAGGCAACCACAGUGAAAAAUAAGGAUAUCAGAAAAUUCUUGGAUGGUAUUUACGUGUCCGAGAAGGGAACUGUAGUGGAGCCGGAUGAAUAAGCACUGUAGAGCUGCCCUUAUCUAGCAAGCCACAACAGUGAAGAAGGAUAUCCGGAAGUUCUUGGAUGGUAUUUGUCAGCGAGAAAACCACUGUGGUGGAUCAGCAAGAGCCCUAAAGAUCGCUGUAAACUGUCAAUAAAAUCAUUUUUCAAAGUCAAGAGUCA